AUGAAUAUGUAAUACUAUCUCCUAAGUAUCUGCGCUUUGCUAAUUCUAAUUUAAUCAGGUUAAAUGCUUGAUAUUGAAGUAUCAUUUAAAACACCAUAUUGCAUUAAGGACUCACUUUACUAUGCUUUAGAGGCUUAAUAUUUCCAAAACAAAGAGGACUUUUGGGCUUCUGUUCUUAAUUUUUAAAGCAGAGAAGAUUAUUUCAACUAAAAUCAGUUGCAAAAAUAUUAUUUCAACCCUGAUGAUCAAACAAAGCUUGAAUAUUAUAAUUAAUUGGAAAAAUAGCAAUCUAUGCUAUAUGGAACAGAGAACUGCCCUAUAUGGAUUAAAUCAAUAAUAUAUCAAGAUAAUUCGGAUUAAAUCUAAACAUAGAAAUAAUUUUCAGUAUUUUGUGGACUAGAUUAAUAUCUUCAUAGUGAACAACUUUUACUGCCAGAUGAGAUGUUGAAAGAAUCAAUAGACUUUAGGAAAGAUAAAAUACUAUUCAGUAAUCUAAAUGAUCCAGAGAUACUUAUAGUUUAUAUGGAUUUAAAGCAAGUAGAUGCCAUAGAAAUUUUUAACAAAUUAUCGCACAAAAAUAUCAUACUAAGAUAUAAAUUUACAGAAUGUUUUAGCAUGAAUGAACAUCAUAUUGAUAUCCCUCAUUAUAAAACCAAUGAUACUGAAAAUUUUUAAGGUAUUGCAAUUGAUAUUAAAGUCUACAAGUAUCCUAAAUCUCCAGGAGAUUUGAUGGUAACUUUUUUGAGAUACAAGCAAACAAUAUACAAAAAUAGACUACAUGUUUUAUUCGAUCCUUAUCAGUAAUACAUUUUAAAUUUAACAAGAUAUUCUAAUGAAAUCAGAGAGAUAGCUUGGAUUUUAGAGAAUCAUCCAUCAUUUAUUAUCGAUUUGAACUACACAGACCCAAUUGAAUAAGCCCUUAACUUCACUGGCAUUGUAACUAAAGAGUAGUUCUUUAUUGUUAACCAUAAAUGCGUGAGAUUGAAUAGACAUUCCUCAGAUCCAAUUUAUAUGAAUCUCCAAAUAAUUUAAGCAUUCAAAGAAUCAAUUAUUUUCAGUGAAUAUGUUUAAAAUCCAUAACAACUUUACCAAAAUAUACUGCUAAUAGACCAUAAAAAGCCAGUGUUCAGACCAAAAUUUCUUUUAGAAGAAUAAAAUUCAUACUUAACUCUAAGAAAGAAUAAGAAUAGAUUAGAUCUAUCAAAAUUUAAUCAAUUGAUAUAAUAAAUAAGCAAGCAAGGAAACUAUUCUAAUAUCAAAGUUCAGCCUGGGCUUAUGCAAGUAUUACUCAUUCUAGAUUUGUCUCAUUCAUAAGACUAAUACCACUUUCUGAGAUCAUUAGCUGAAAUAAAUAAGAAUCACAUAGAAUUUGAAAUGAGGCUUAUAAUAGUAAACUCUAAGUCUGAUGAUGAAACUUAAAUUGGCUAUGUUUAUAAAUGCCUAACUACUCUCUUUGAAAAAGAGUUAAACUAUGAAUUUCUCCCAGAACUAUUCAAAGAAGAUCCCAUUGAGUUCUGCAGAGUUUAGCAAAAUAAUAUAGAUAAUUAAAAUGAUGAUAAGAUUAAAAAACUCAAAAUAUUAAAAUCUCAUGAUCUCUGCUAAGACAAUAGUAUUUGUGAAUUUCCCUUUAUGAUGAUAAAUCAAAAUGUAAUCAAUUAGCAAUAGUUAUUGAAGGCAAUAGCAUUAAAUAAGGAAUAAUAAGGAAAUAUCAUAGACUUACUUAAAAGUAUAAUGAUUGAUUAGCUUAUAAAACUGAAAAUACCAGAAAAUCUCAUCAAUACUUAAACUUCUAACUUAUUCGAUAUUUACUUACGAUAGUUAAGCAUAUAUAAGUACCAAACAGAGCACUACUAAGGCGAUAUCAGAAAUUAAUAUCUACAAUAAGACUCUAAUUCAAUUGCGAAGUUAAAAAUAUUAGAUUUUCCAGACACAAUUACUCAGCAAUCGCUUGUGAUUAUUCAUGUUUAGUCUUAAGAUAUCGAGUUCUUAGAAAACAUAAAAGAAUGGGUAAACCAACUUAAUUCUGUCAAAUAACAAAUCAUACUUGAAAUUGUUGAGAACUUCAACAAUCACUUGAUUAUUGGAUAACUUUCUCUUGGUUAAAAAACUUACCUAUUUGUUAAUGGGUUAAAUGUAGAUAUUUUCGGAAUGAAUAAAUAUAGAUUUUUUAGGCUGAUUCAAAACGAAAAAAACCAUCUUAAUCUUUUAUUAGAAAGAGUACAACUUAAGGAUAAUCUUUAAAAACUUAAACUUAUCAAUGAGAUUAGAAUAACUGAAUAUGUUAAGGUGAAUGCCUCAAUAUCAGAUGAUUUCAAUUGCCUUUAAGAAUUUAAUGUUGCAUAGAAUAAGACAAUAUCUUUAAGAAAGUUAAAGACAGUGCCUAAUCCAAUUCUUAGCUUUAAGGCUAAAGUUAAUGUAAUGACUAGAGAAGCAGUUAAUUUUAUAUCCCUUAUUAACUAGUUAGGUCUAGGAUUAAAAAUAGAACUUGCUCUAUUUACUUAAAGAAGUGUUGGGAUAGAAAUGAAAUAUCUGCCUUACAAUUUCUUUAGACUAUUCUUUAAAGAUUAGUAAAGCAAUACACAAUCAAAGGGAUAAUAUAAAAUAACUAAUCUUAGCCGAAAAUAUGAUAGCUAUUUCAUAGAUAUUGUUCAAUCAAGAAGACAAAUAUUUAUAACUAAUGAGCUUUCUCCAUUCUAUGAGUUAGAAGAUUAUGGAGAUGAUCUUCAAAAAAUGCAAAAUAUAUAAUCUAAUUCUUUGUUUGGAAAGUCAGGAUAUAGUUUAGUAUUUUCUCUAUCUUAGUUAAGAAAGUUAAAUCCCUCAGAGAGAAAUCCUCAUAUUUAGUUCUAUCAGAAAAGAGUAAAUCAGUUAAUCAAGAUUGGUGAAGUUAAUAGCAAUCCUUUUAACCCUCUUAGUAGAAAUUUAAUGAAUAAAAAAGAAAGAUUUAUGCUAAUAGAUGGAUCAGGAAAGGCUAUUCAAACAUUUUACUCCAUACUUCAUUAGUAUCUAUAACUAAUUCUACAUUCUCCAGGAAGAUAUUUCUUGAUGAGAGAGAAUACCUAAGAGAUUAUACAAUUAGAUUACUCAUCAGUAAUAGAAAGUGAUGGCUAGCUAGAUGAAUUUGAAUUUCAGUCAGGUUACGAUUCUGUAAUAUUCAGAUCUUCAGAGCUUGAUUCAUUUAAGUCUAAUUAUAACUUUUAGAAUCUCAAUCUAAGGAAAAAGAAUGAAACUGUUAAUAUGUACUACACAGCCUCUGGAAGUUUGUUUGAAAAACUGGUACUUUAUCAGAUUAAGUAAAAUCUAGAAGACUAUUCUUAGUAUAAUUUUAGAUUCUUAAUUUGGGAGGGAACAUUUAGUAGUCCAAGCCUCAAAUUAGCGCUUGCAAAACUUGCUACAAUAUAUGAUUUCGAAAUGGAGUACAUUAACUAUCCUUGGCCACAUGAUGUAGCAUUUUAAGAUCAGAAUUAUAAGAGGAUCAUUUUAUUAUACAGGAUCUUAUUUUUAGACAAUAGUAUUCCUCACCACUUAGACAGAAUAGUAUAUAGAGAUGCAGAUUAAUGCAGCCUAUUCAAUUCAGAUAUGAAAGAACUUCAAAAUACAGAUAUAAAGGGCUUUCCUUAAGCAAUGGUACCUCAUUGCCGAUUUUUCGAUAAUAAAGGCUGGGAUGAAAAUAAGGUUAUGAAGGAUUUACCUAAUGAUUUAUUAUACUUUACGAACAAUGUGCUGCUUAUAGAUGCUAAAAAAUACAGAGAAUCUGAUUAUCCUGACAAACUAUUAGAUUAUUAUCAAGCUGCUAUUGGUAAAUGGGGAUUUGAUCCAUUUUUAUUAAGUCAAGAUUUCUAAAAUCCAGCUCAAGUUGUAGCUCCUAUUUUCCCCUUGGAUGAGGAUUGGGAAUGGGCAGAAGAUUUUUGUGACCCAGAGAAGAAAAAAACAGCUAAAAUAAUAGAUUUUCAAGAUAUAAAAAGAGAAGAUAAACUCUCUAUAGCCAAGAGGGUUUGUCCGAAUUUCACUUUCAACUUUGUUGCCCUUCUUGAAUUCCUAAGAAACUGA